UCCAUGCUUAUCCUGUCAUCCCGAAGCAGCAGCUGGCGGCUUCCGUUCCGCCUCCGAGUUUAUAUCCCCCGUCGGAGCUGCAGUAUGAACCGGCGAGCUCUGCUCCUGCUGUUCUGCGGGAUGUGACAGUGAGUGUUGCCUCUAUUUUUUUCCCUCCCAGAAAAGAAAGAUACUUUUUUAGGGUUCCGACGAAAUGGUGAUACUGCGAUGACAGAAAAGCCAGGAAAUGAGGUUGGAGAGGGUCCUGAAAGCAGCUGCUACCGCGGACAAUGCGAUGAUAAUAACCUCCUUGAAUGUGUUCUGGUCCACGCCCGGAUCUGUACUGGACGUGUUCCUGGAGAGCUUCCGCAUCGGGACGGGACAAGAGAGCUGCUGAACCACCUGGUCAUCGUCGCCAUGGACGACAAGGCAUACGAGCGGUGCGUCGUCGUGCACCGACACUGCUUAGACUUCAAGGUCGAGAGGGUAGACUUCUCCGCUGAGAAGGUGUUCAACUCGCCCAAAUACUUAGACAUGAUGUGGGCGCGGCUUGAUUUCCUGCGCCUGGUGCUGGAGAAAGGCUUCGACUUCGUCUUCUCGGCCUUUUAUGAAAGCGAAUGGAUAUUUAUGGAUCUAUUCUCCUGCACAUGUGAUGCAACUAGUUAAAGUUGUUCCAUGAAAAAGUUUCUUCUGCAGAAUGAGUGCAAACUUUCACUUCAUGAAUUGAAAACUAAAGCUCCAG